AUGACAGCGAAGAAGGAGGAAGAGGAGAAGGAGGAAGAGGAGGAAAAGGAGGGGGAGAGGAGGGUGUAUGAGCGAUUCGCAGUGACAGCGAGCGCUGCUCGCCGACCGGCGGCGACCUUCGUUGCGGCUGCUGCUCCUCUCUGUCUCUCUCUUUCCCUCUUUUACGCACGCGGCGCUCCCAAUGUACGCGUGUUAAGAUUCAAGUCGGCGAUCGUUCCCCAGCGGGAAAACCAGGUUAUUAUCUCGCCACCGCGGCGACGGUGGCGAACGAGCGACGACGACGACGAUGACGGUGCCUCGUCGCCGUCCUCGUGGUCCCCGUCUUCCUUCUUUCUCUCUCCGUCUCUCUCGUCCCGGUCGUGCCUGUCUCACUCCAGGCUGCCUCCCACUACCGUUGUUACUACUACUAUUACUACGGACACCACCGGCGACGGUACCGGUAUCACUACUAUUACUACCACCACCGGCGACGGCGGCGGCGGCGGCGACGACGACGACGGUCACGUCGACGGUAGCGGCGACGACGACGACGAUGACGGUGGUGUUUCACUCACUCGCGGCAACUCACCACCACCACUGCCACCACCACCACCACUACCACCACUGGCACUUGCACCGGCACGACGGUCACCACGACGACGGCGACGACGGCGGCGACGGCGACGGCGACGGCGGCGUAUACGACGACGACGGGGGAACGUCCCCGGCGGCGCACCCGUGUUUUCCCCUCAACGACGGCGGCGUCUAUGCAGCGCCGCUGCUCCUGGCGGGGCUCGACGACGCCAGCGACGCAUCAACGCGCGUCUACGCGCACGCACACGAGCCCCUCGCGCCGCCUCUGUCGUUCUCCGACUACUCCGUUUGCUUUCUGCUGUCUGUUGUCCGCUCCGCACGGUUGCUCAAUGCUCCUUUCUCCGUUCUUCGUCUUCUUCUUCUUCUUUUUCUUCCCUCACCUUCCUUUUCGCGGUCUUCCUCUCGCCCGUUACGGCCUCGUAUCUCUCUCACGCGCACGCACGUUUCGCCCCGAGUGCGAACUGCGAGUUCGUCGAGGCGCACUAUGCGAAUCUUCCCGUGUUGUAUGUGUGGGUGUGUGUGCGCGUGCGUGUGUGUGCACGUUAUGUAUGUAUCGCACACGUUUCGCCUUUCCCGACGAGCACGACGUCGAUGUAA